UUUCUGUUCAAGUGCCAUUUCAUUGCAUGCAGUGCAGUCUAUAAAACAGGAUGCGUUCUCCGCGGGUCUCGAGUUUCCUAUCACUUAUCGUCAUUCGUAGCGUAUAAACAUAACAACACGCGGUCAUUAGCUCGAUUCAUAUUGUUUACGUAUCUGUCUGGCACAUGGGAGCGCGGCUGGAGUGCGUCUAGAAUCGCGUCGGCUUCGCGUUGCUGGUCGUAAACGACGAGCUCGGUACGUUCGUGGCGUCUCGAGCGUCGUUAGAUAUUCGACAGGGCUUUCUCGCCGAGUGAGCGCGCAAAAAUGUCAUCCAGCUACGCGGACGGGUUAUCACCGUACGAAAACAAAGGAGUGCUGGGACUGGAGGAGCGGUACGAUAGCGUCGAAACGCUUCGUCUGAAAUGCGGACUCCUGGCUGAGUGGAUACAAGGUGCCCGCCACGUCGUGGUCCAUACUGGUGCCGGUAUCAGCACCGCAGCUGGCAUUCCUGACUUUCGAGGUACAAACGGAGUCUGGACGUUGGAACAGAAGGGUUUAAAGCCCACAAUGAGUAUUUCUUUUGAUGAAGCGAUACCCACAAAAACGCACAUGGCACUGAAAAAAUUGAUAGAAGCUAAAAAAGUGAAGUUCAUCAUAAGUCAAAACAUAGACGGACUGCAUCUACGAUCGGGAAUACAGAGACAGCAUCUAGCAGAAUUGCACGGAAACAUGUUUACGGAGCAAUGCGACAAGUGUGGCAGACAAUUUAUUCGUAACUUUGCAACCAAAAGUGUGGGGAAAAAGUCUUUGGACACUGUAUGCCGAUCGGAACAAAUAGGCGGUCGCCCGUGCCGUGGCCGAAUGCACGACACCAUACUUGAUUGGGAGCAUAAUUUGCCGGACAAUGACUUGUCAUUGUCCGACUUACAUUCCAGCGUUGCUGACUUGAGCAUAUGUUUGGGAACGACGUUACAAAUUAUCCCAAGUGGCAAUCUACCUUUGUACACGAAGAAGUAUGGAGGCCGCCUUGUUAUAUGCAACCUGCAGCCAACAAAACACGACAAGAAAGCCGAUUUAAUCGUUAACGGCAACGUUGACGAAAUCAUAGUCGCGGUGAUGAAGAAGCUGGGAGUAGAAAUUCCGGAGUACGAGAGCAGCAUGGAUCCGACGCGGAAUUCCGACACGACGGCUAAGGAGAUGGACUGGACGAUCCCGAUGAGCAGAAUAAAGGAGAUGAACGUGCUGUACAAGAAGGUGUGCAAGCCCAUGCGGAGGAAACGAAAGACGUUUAUGUACGAGCGAGAGAGGACCGACACGAAGAGGGAGACGAAGGCGAGGAAGCAGGCGUUCGGCGCGGUUAAGCAAGAAAUCAAAACGGAGGACAACAUAAGUACGUCGAGUGAAAUGUGCAAGACCGAGGAGGAUCAUCUCGUGGCGAGUAAUCCCGCCAAGAUCGAGGAGAGCGCCGAGGAUAUCGAAAUGUGUAGAUUUACGGUGGAGGACACGACGACGACGGGGCGCGACACGGAUACGAAACUGAGCGAGACGGUGUAGUCGAGUUUUGUAACGGGCCGAUCAUUUUUUCCAUUCUAAUAUUUCAAUUAUACUCUCAGUGUACGCUACGGUUAGUUAUGAGUGCGAGUAUUGAACGGUGUUUGUUAUUAUAUGUGAGAAAAAAAUCGAAAAGGUCGACUAGGUUCGUCAGCGUUCAAUAGAUACAUUUAACAUAACGCAUAACGUUGAGAGCGUUGCACAUUUAGCAUAGCCGUGUUUCUUCCUGCUUUGUUGACGCGACAACAAACAUAUGAAGUAAAACAAAAUGCAUUUAUAUAUCAGCAUCGACAUCUUGAUCUUUCUACAUUCAUUAUCAGAAUUUUGUGUUUCGGGUAACGGGAAACCUGCGAACAAAAGCAAUAAUAUCUCGAUUUCUAUGCUUUCACUCGCGCCCAAUUGCGGACACGAGGUGCGCGUAUUGUUAAAUGUGCAAUGCGGGAAUUAAAAUAUACAAGCUUAUAAUUUUGUUUAGAGAACAAGAAGUGUCGGGGAAGAGAAUAUUCUAGUGUAACUGUAUAUAUGUUUUCCUUUCCGUAUAUAAAAUUACGUUUUACGCUGAAUCUGCUUUCUACAGCUCGCCUAUAUACGCGCAUACGCAUAUAUUAGAUAUUGCGGCGGGAGAGAUCGAGUGCGAGUGCGAAUCUCUCGGCAGGCAAACGUGUUCCAAACUUCUUGUGCAUAAUACGAUACUUUUUCCAUUAUAGAUUGAGACGGGGCGAGCGAGGGGGGGAGGGGUUAUUCGAUAAAAGAGAUCUUCCUACAAGACAUUUCGCCAGUAAGAAUCUCUGUAAAGCUUCUUUUUUCGAUUACGAGGUAGUUGACAUUGGUAGAAUAGCUCGCGCGAUCGUAACAAUAAAAAAAAAUCGUUCAAAUGUGAGCUGCUUAGUAUUCGAAUAAUUUACGCCUAUGGGUAGUCAGACUUACUAAUCCGGUAGAUUUCUAUGUUAAGCCGUCUGCUGAAGAUAGAGAACUAAGAAUCGUAUAUAAUUGUAUCCUUGUUUUUUCAAAUUAUUCGCUCUCUUGUUAUUUCUUUCUUCUCAUUGAUUCGGUGAUUUUUAAUGAGAAAUUAACAAGUGCAAAGAUACAUUACUCCAUAAAAAAAACAUAUCUUUAUUAAAAGAUCAUUUUGAGCCUUUUAAAAAAAAACUUUAUCAAAAAGCUUUAUUUAAAAAAAAUAUUAUUUUGAACUUUACAGAUACGUAACUUGAAUAAAAUAGAAUAUAUAAGGUUUUACAAGUAAAAGUCUAGCCUUCCGGCACGGACAUGCUCGAUUGGAUGACGAUGAAACUUUGUUUCUCUACUGGCGAUAUUUCGUGUAUAACUUUCCGAGAUACUGCUUUCGUAAAUACGUUAUUCCGUGUAUCGUGCGCGUUUUUAGUCUUCGAUGUUGUCAGGUAUGUUCGCCUUAGAUUUGACGGCGCACACGGGAUCCAUUUACGAAUGCAUCAUACUAUAACAAUGCAUAAUGUUUAUAAGAGUAAGCUAAUAAAUACUACUACUACUGCUGCAGGCUGAUGUUAGAUCGUCCGACGAAUCCAGAUGUUGAAUUUUUGACAGAGUGCGCAUUUUUCCAUAUAGUGUUGAUGAGAAUGUUGAAAGUAAAAGUUUUAAUGAUAUCUCAACAAUUAGUACGCUAAAUGAUAUUCGCGCGUAGAUGAGCUGCAAACGUAUAGAACGCGGAAAUUCCGAUGAAAUCCGGAACGCGGUAUAGCGAAUCGUGUAAUAUUUAUAUGUACAUAGUGAUGUUUUGCUUUAUUCAUCGUAACUUUAUUUAAGUAAUCAUUAUUAUCCGCUAGAUAUAUGAUAUGCGAAAUAAAAUCUAUGAAAAAGUCUA